AUGCUGGUCCUCACACCCCAUCUCGUCUUCACUUUGCUGUACGCUACUGUGCUCUCGGCUGAUGCCUCUGCCCCAGCUCCUCGGCAUGUGCCCCCCAGGAAAUACCAAACAUGACAAUAGAUAUUGAAAAUUCUGUGUCUCAAGGUGCUCGCUUUACUGAUCCUCUAAAAGCUGCAAGUGCAGAGGAGUGUGUGUCUGCGUGCUGCUCCAAGCUGGACAGCCUAGGUGGUCGAACCUGCAACCUUGCUGUAUAUGACACCCGAAGCAACAACAUGCUGCAAAACUGUUACCUGUUCAUGUGCCCGAAGACUGAAUCCUGUCCUAUGACUCCCUCCCCAGGGGUCCUCAGUUACUCUUUCUUGACAGAGAAAGGAGAGAGUAAUCCUGACGUAACAGAAGAGGAUUUGUUGGACUUCCCCAAGAAUAAUGGCAAAGUACAAAAUUCCCUGGAUAAGAAGUUGAGCCCUGCUGUCCAAGCAACUGUCCCUGCAGAACCAGAAUUUGAGGAAGAUUUGAGUGCACUUGACUCGGUCAGGAAGAGCUCUUCAUCUAAUGUUCAUUCUCAGAGCAAGACAAAUGAGGUCAACCACCUCACUAAGGAGGACAAAGCCGACACACCUGACCGUAUCGCCUCCCAGCUGCUUCAUCUGGCCAACAACAUAGACAAACGGUUGGAGAAAAUUGAAGCCAGCUAUAAGGAAUCAAAAGACUCUAAGUCAGAUGGACUUUCUGUCUCUUCUACAGAUGAGAAGUCUAUGGUAGAACCAACGACAACUUCCAGAAGCAAAGAUUCAAAUACAUUUUCUUCUCAUAUUAAGGACACAAAACUUAGUAAAGUGAUUAAGAAAAAACCUGAGACCCUUGAGGUCCAUUACUUUACACCAGAACUCAGCACCUUGGCUCCAUCUGUUCGGACUUUACACCGAAAUAGCACUGCUGCCCAUCGUCCUGUUCCAAAAACAAAACCUACCUUCAACCCAUCAACCACUCCAUCAAAGGAAAGUAAAUUUGCUAAAAAAGCACCAAGCUCUGGUACAAAGAAUACCAAGGUUCUUAGUCACAAUAGUGCCAGUUCUUCCGGCACAGAUGCAACUAUGAAAAACAUGCAGGCUGGGCACCUCAUGAUCACAACUCAGGUUCCAACCACCAGUGCUGGCCAUCAAGCCAAAUCCACCCUUCUGGUAACUCGACACAAUCCUUCACGGACUUCUCUCUUGAAGGCUGCAAAAUCCACCCUCAAAGAUGGUAACCAUCUUUUUACAAGCAAGGAAGUGCAGGAAGCUAAUCGAUCUGUUCCUGAACUGACUUUACCAGAACAGCAGGAUGCUGCUCCUGCUGGGAACAAUGAGGAUUCCCCUCAAAAUCUUGACACUCUUCAUACUGUUUCAAAUGACAGUGAAAAAAGUGGUUUGGUGGCUGCUCUAGUAUUCGGGGUAAUGUUCCUUGUGCUGAUCAUUGGUCUGGUUAGUCACAAGGUAUCUGAGGCACGGCGCCGCCACCAGUACACCAAACUUGACUAUUUGAUCAAUGGAAUGUAUGUUGAUACCUGA